AACGAUAGAUGACGACUCAUGCUGUCUAUUUACUGCGUGUUAAAUAGACAUCGAUCAACCGUAUACGCGAUCAGUUGCUUUUUUACUCAGUGUAGUUCAUCAUGGCCGUUCAGAUCAUUCCUGAACAUUUGUACGAUUUAAUCCCGAGUAGGUUAACUGUUAUUUUUAGUCUUGCUAGUCUUAUUUGUUUUACCGUUGGGUCAGCAUUAUUUCGACGUUAUAAGUUUAUGAAAAAAUGCAACAAAGUUCCUGGACCACCAGCUCAGAUUCCGCUUCUUGGAAGCUUUACCGAACUUUUUGUUGAUGCUGAUCAGCUCCUACCUCACUGCACGAAUUUAUAUUACAAGUGGAAUAAAAAUUCAAUGUUACGAGUUUGGAUAGGUCCUGUUCCGUGGUUUAUCCUUGGCGCCGCCGAAAGCGCAGAGGUGGUUCUCAGUAGCAACAAGAUCAUCGACAAGAGCAGAGAAUACGAUUUUCUUCAUCCAUGGCUUGCUACAGGUCUUUUAACGAGUACAGGCAGCAAAUGGCACCAGCGUCGCAAAAUGUUGACACCGACUUUUCAUUUCAAAAUUCUUGAAGAUUUUGUCCACGUCUUCAACGAGCAGAGUAAGAUACUCGUUGAAAAGCUAAACAAAAAAGUUGACCAGGAUUUUGACAUUUUCCCUUUCAUCACUCUAUGCACACUUGAUGUCAUUUGUGAAACGGCCAUGGGACGUCACGUCAAUGCCCAAAGUAAAAGUGAUUCAGAUUACGUCCGAGCUGUUUACAGCCUGAGCCGCAUUGUUCAACUGAGGCAGAUCCGGCCUUGGCUUCGACCUGAUUGGCUGUUUAAUCUUUUGCCUUACGCAUCCGAGCAACAGCAAGGCCUGUCAAUUCUGCACGGAUUCACCGAUCAGAUGAUCCGCGAGAGGAAAAUCGAACACAAACUUCGCAAAGCUCAGAUAGAAACGGAGGCAAAGACAGUAACGAAAGAUGACGAGUUUAUUUCAAAGAAACGCAAUUUAGCUUUCCUUGAUCUCCUGAUCGAAGCCUCGCAAGACGGCAAAGCUCUCAGCGACCUGGACAUUCGUGAAGAAGUGGAUACCUUCAUGUUUGAGGGUCAUGAUACGACAGCAGCUGCUAUUAACUGGUCUCUUUUCCUUCUAGGUAACAACCCCGAAGUGCAGGAGCAAGUGAGUGAGGAACUAAUUCGAGUCUUUGGUAACUCUGAUCGUCCAGUUACUAUGGCUGAUUUGAAUGAACUGAAAUACCUCGAGUGCUGCAUCAAAGAAGCCCUUCGUAUUUACCCAAGUGUUCCACUCUUCGCCAGGCAACUGAUGGAAGAUACCACCAUUUGUGGAUAUGAUCUUCCAAGUGGAGCUACACUAAUGGCCGUACCUUACAUCAUACAUCGGGAUCCUACCUAUUUCCCGGAGCCUGACCGUUUUAAACCGGAACGUUUCUUCCCAGAGAAUAUCCGCGGGCGACAUCCGUACGCUUACGUCCCUUUCAGCGCGGGACCACGUAACUGCAUCGGGCAAAAGUUUGCCAUGAUGGAAGAGAAGGUUAUCCUCGCUUCCGUCUUGCGUCGCUUUCACGUCAAGGCGCUAGACAAACCGGAAGGUCUUCCCGUGUUAGCUGAAUUGGUCCUUCGACCCCGCGAUGGAAUUCGAGUGCACCUUACCAACAAAAAGUCCACGUAAUUGCCAACAAGUUGAAUUUCAUUUUCAUUUUCUUUAUGCCAGUGAAAUUUAUUAUUUCAAUUAAAAUGUCUAAAUUCCCUUUACGAUGCCUUCAUGUUCAAAGAAAUGGGCAGCUAGUGAUCAUAAAUUAAUGCAGAUAUAUUCGAUAGCCUAUAGAGAUUGGAUGAAAGUAAAUUCGAAAAUCUAAAAAUAGCAUUUUUGAUGCCUUUUUUACGACACAACAGCCUGAAUGCUGCCCUUACUAGCCGUGGUUUAACAGCUGGAACUAGUUUUUCCCAUAGUUUUCAUUUUUUGUACAGUGGGUUAGAAAAAGAAAACUGUUUCCUCAAAACUUUCGCGAUACUAUUUCCAUGACCAGCAUUAGGGUCCGUUAGAAAACGCGCACAUCGUUUGUCACAGAGCAUUUCGAAUCAAUUUUAGCAAGAAUCACAUGUCUGAUGUCACAAAUUGUUCUGUUCGUUUUGAAGGCCAGAGAAAUGUGUACGAAAAAAAAACAAACGUUGGCAAAAAAAAAGGUGCUACAUGUAUCUGGCAUUUGUAAGAACACUAGGAUUAUAAGGUAGGAAACGUUUAUGCCAAAAAUAGGUUCAUUAACCAAGCCCCUUAGAAAUAUAAAAGGAAAGUGAUGGUGAACAGCCUAACGGAUAGCUUUUCCAUCGAAAUGAAAAUACACUUUCCUCUUAAAAGGGUUGAUUGAUCACACACGGUUGAGUAUUCAGUGAAACGUAGGACACCGUUUUCUGGCAGUUAGCCUAACCGUAUACGAAGAAAUUAAGUUUUCCCCUAACUGCACCCUUUUGUCUUGUCUUACUGCAUUUGUCGGUCACGUACAUCUUGAAAAGUCUUUGACGUAAGUAAACAAAAACGUGCGAAUGCCUCA